AAACUUGUCCCAUGGUCUUUUGUAGUUGAAACCCUUCUCCCUCUCCUCUUCUUCAAAAACGAACCCUAUUCUUUUCUUCUCUAUUUACACCGCAUUUGUUCUUGAAUCUCCUUCGUAUUCUCUCCCCACACCGCAAUUUUUAGAGAGAGAAAGAGAGAGAAAGAAUGUUCCAUUCCAAGAAGCCCUCAACUAUGAAUUCCCACGAUAGAUCCAUGUGUAUUCAAGGGGACUCCGGUCUUGUUCUCACCACAGACCCCAAGCCUCGUCUUCGUUGGACAGUCGAGCUUCAUGAACGUUUUGUCGAUGCUGUUACUCAGCUCGGAGGACCAGACAAGGCAACGCCAAAGACAAUCAUGAGGGUUAUGGGUGUGAAGGGACUUACCCUUUACCACCUCAAGAGCCAUCUUCAGAAAUUCCGGCUUGGAAAGCAACCUCACAAGGAAUUCAAUGAUCACUCCAUAAAGGAUGCUUCUGGCCUUGAUCUUCAACGAACCUCUGCAUCUACAUCUGGCAUGAUGAGCCGCAACAUGAAUGAGAUGCAAAUGGAGGUACAUAGAAGACUGCAUGAACAAUUGGAGGUGCAAAGACACCUUCAGUUGAGGAUUGAAGCUCAGGGAAAAUAUAUGCAGACCAUUCUAGAAAAAGCCUGCCAAACCCUAACCGGUGAAAACAUCGCGUCUGGAAGCUACAAGCCCAUCGGAAAUCAAGGAGUUCCCGACAUGGGAGUGAUGAAAGAUUUCGGACCUGCUCUCAGCUUUCCGCCAUUUCAAGACCUCAAUCUCUAUGGAAACGACCAAAUUGAACUUCACCAGAACAAUAUGGACAGACCGUUGCUUGAUAGCUUCAUGCAAAAUAACGAUAGUAUUUGUCUGGGAAAGAAGAGGCCUAACCCUUACGGUGGCAGCGGGAAAAGUCCUUUGAUCUGGUCCGAUGAGCUCCGCCUGCAAGAUCUAGGAAUGGCACCGACUUCGUGUCUUGGACCUCAAGACAAUGAUGCUUUCAAAGGAGAUCAUAUUCAAAUUGCACCGCCUUCCAGCACUCACGAGCUUGAUCCCAUGCCGGAGAUUUAUGAAGCAAAGCCGGUGCUCUCCGGGGAUGCUAUGAAUGAUCAGAAGAAAUUCGAGGCAUCGCCAAAGCUGGAAAGGCCGUCGCCAAGAAGGACGCCGCUAACGGAGAGGAUGAACCCUAUGAUGAAUGCCGGGGCACAAGGAAGGAAUUCACAAUUUGGAUGACUUUUAAACCCUUUUUUGGUCAUCGAGUGACUAAUUAAUUUAAUAUCAAUUUUAUGAUCCCUAAUUAAUUAGUAUCAUAUAAAUUCAGGGAUUAAUUGGGAUCUUGAGUUUAGAGUAUGCUAAAUUAAUGUCUUGCAGUACUGGGCAAUUAAUCUUUUUUCUGAUAUAUGUAAUUAACUGCAUUUGUAUUUCUAUAUGAAUAACCCUUAAUUAUGGAC